AUGAAAGAUACUUUCUCCAGUCCCGGACCAAAAAACUACAUGGGAAAAGUUCAUUUCUAUAAGCUCUGCACGGAGCUCAAUAAGUUCAAUGUGCUACUGAAUGAUGAACAUUUCAACUGGAAAGAACUGAACUUAAAGGUUUGAAAAUAAGUUGAAGGUUGAUACUUUGUAAUAAUAUUAAAACGCCCGCUGUGCUGUGGGUAUGUUUAAAGAGGAAUAAAGCGUAUAUACUAAAUUAAAAAAAUACGUACCCUCAUCAUGUUUGAUUUUAUAUGUUUUAAAAAAAAUAAAUAAUUUAGUUAUUCAGGUAGACUUUUGAUUUUUUAUUUAGGUGUAAAGUAUUCUAUACAUUCCUACCGAUACAAAAAUGUGUGCUCAAAUGUACACCAUGUAUAAAAUUAUAUUUUAACAAUACAUUCCAUCAGGUAGGCCUUAUACGCUUGGGUUACGUGGGCACUUUUUUGUUUUAAUUAUUUGUAACAUAUACCUUUCAACAGGUAAACCCAUGGCUCACACGCAUAAUAUUUGAAGCCGUGAAACAGGGCCAAGUUGACUUUGUAGAGUUUUUCAUCAAGGAAAAUUUUGAUAUGGAAUCUGCGUUUUCACAACAAAAAGUGCACGAACUCUACCAAACUAAGGUUAAUAUCUGUAAUAACACAUUUUCUUUCUGCAAAAAAAAAUGGCACAUUACCCAUUAUUUUCAUUUCUGCUUUAAAAAUUCAUGAUUUUAAACAUUUCCAUUCAUGCCAUAUUUUAAAACUCAUGUCUUGAACGGAAAGUUUCAUUAUAUUCUUUGUGAAAAUUUCAUUAUUAUUUAAAAAAAAAAAACAUUCAUAACGUUUUUGUGUGUGAAAAUUCUCAUAGUUAUAGACGUUAAAAAAUUUUACAAUUUCAAAAGUUUUCUAUCCCGUCUUCCGCUUUUCUCUAUUACAAGAUGUUCUAAAAACAUUUGGCUAUUAGUAGACUAAAAAUUAAGAGCCAACCAGUUUCUAAGAGGGAUUUAGAAUUGAUUUAUAUAUCUCAUUUAUUCUUCUGCGUGCCUUACUAAUGUGGAUCUAACUUCGUCACACUUCAAGCUACACCAAUCCAAUUUUAAUAUCUUUGCUAUUACAAUUAGCACCAAUGAAAAUAUCUGUGGCAUGGUGUACAUAUCAGGGUGUAUCAUAGUAAGCCAAAAAGUCCCGAGUGAAACUUAGCAUAAUGUUUUCAGGGCCACAAAAACCUUAAAAAAGGGGAAAAGAGCAUUUAUCAAAUAAAUUUAUUAAAUUGGCAUGGACCAUACGUGUUAAAAAUAUUUAAGUGAUCAAAGGCUAAGAAAAGCUAGUAUAUACUCUAUCGAAAAGGGGACUACUUAAUUUCAUUAUCGAAUUUUAUUUUGAUGCAACUUCAAUUUUUAAAAAAAAAAACUGUAACCUGGUACCAGACUCAGAAACUAUGUGGUCAACAUUACAUCAAAUAGGUUGAAUGUGUGUUAUCAGAAUUAUACAUUUAAAAAAAACACCAAAAAAGAAAAAAAAAAAAAGCAACACACUAGAGUAGAAUAACGUUAACAUUUGUAACAUUUGGCUUUCAGAGGGACUAUCCUCGGAAACUGUCGGAUGUUGCUUCUUUUGUCAACAAGCUUUUGGGAGGAUCUUAUCAUAUGAGCUGUCCAAAAUUACUGAAAGAUGAUUCAGGAAGAGAUCACCAGGAAAGUAGGUCAUACAAAUCUAAUAUACCUUUUUAUUCAAUAAAAGAAAGGGAAGGAACCUAGAUCCUAGUUGUGGAAAACGUUGUUUGUUUGUUUGUAAUUUAUGUCUAUACACACACACAUAUAUAAUAUAUAAAUAUACCGAUAUAUAUAUAUUAAUUAAACAUUUUAUUAAUUAGUGCAUCCACAGAGAAAAGUGAAAAAAAAAAUUCAAGGCGCCUUUUAAUAUAAAAACUAAGGUCUAUUUCAAUUAGUUCCUUAGAUCCCAAGGGUGGGUUCCAACAAGCAGUUUAACAAUCUUGGUCGGUUAUAGGUCAUCACACAAUAUGAACAAUGACAUGCUAUGAAAAGUAGCUUGUUAUAUUAAUCUUUGAGAAGUCAGAUAAACUUGAAGUAAACAAGGGCGCCACUACGAGUCCAUAAAAUUGUCCUUUUUUUAUCUUUGAGUUAUUCAAUUAAAAAUAAAAUAUAGUUAUACUAGAGAAUAUCAACAUCACGAUUAUUAGUAAUACAUCAUUAUUGCUACCCAUACAAUCGAUAAUGGGGGGAACGUGUUCUUAACACUACAUUUCAGAACACGCUAACUUCUUUUGACUUGAAAAUCUUUCGACAGUGUAUUAUUCUGAAAAAAAUAAAACUGCCAUGCGAGAUCUGUUCAUUUGGUCAAUCCUGGCCAAGAAAGUGGAACUGUCAAAAGUUCUGUGGAGAUAUUUAGACGUAAGAAAUAAUUAGAUAGAUAAUGAAUGUUUGUUUUCAAAGUUUAUUUUUUUCAAAUUAAAAAAUAAAUUAAUAUAUUUCAUUAAACACCGGAUCUCCGAUGAGAUUUUUCUUUUUGACAUGUUCCAAUGAGAACUGAUCAAACUAAUCAUUUAUUAUUUAUAUUUUUAUAUUAAUUACGUUUUAAUAAAAAGACGAUUUGAAAAUUAUUUUAAAAGCGUGUCCUUUUACCGUCUCUUGCCUCCUGCUUUUUGUCUAAUUCUGUAAGACAUUGUCGAGAACAAGAGAAUACAUAAUGAAUCAAAGUUGCUAUGGAACCGAUUUUUUGUUUUGAUUUAAAUAUAUAUUUUUUGUAUUUGCCAUUGCCAACAAACACAUAUAAUGGUAUUGACAAAAAAAUAAGCAACUUAUAAAAAUAGUUUAAUGCAUUAAUCAAUUCAUUCAAUAAAAAAAAAAUGUAGAACUAUUUUUUUCAAAUUUUUGUUUAGGCUACCGUCAUGUUAAAAUAGUUAAUCUUAACAACACCAUUGUGAAACCAUGUUCGGACAUGUUAUGUCUUUUUAAAAUGUUAAGACAUCGUGAAUAUUAAACAAAAAACCCCCCCAAAAAAAACAAAAAAACAAACCCAAAAAUAACCUACGUAUAAGCUAAAGGUUCCGACAAUUAUAUAUUCCACAGCACCAAACAGCUGCAGCUAUGUUUGCCUACGGUAUCGCCAAAUCAUUGCUGGCUGAUUUGAAAUCAUCGAAGGCGGGAAGUAGAACCGACGAGAGUAAAUUAAAAAACUAUAUGGGGUAAGUUAAAUCCAGUUGUGGCGAUACGUAAUGUCAUGUAAUUAUUUAUAUACUUGUUUUGAAAUAAAAGUGAAAACAAUCAUAUAUUUUUGCAAAUUGUGUUCAAUUUCUGAUGAAUGGUGUUUAAUUUCUGAUAAAUCGUGUUCAAUCUCUAACGAAUUAUGGCAAAUGUCUAAUGAAUGUUGUUUAAUGUCUAAUGAAACACGUCUCCAGGGAAUUUACAAGCUUAGCCUGUAAGACAAUCAACUCCAGCUACAAGAAGGACGAGCAGAGAACCUUUGAUCUCCUGAGACUGCAGAUGUCCAAGUGGGGCGAAACCAGCUGUGUACGUCUUGCACUGGACUCCCACAACAAGAAGUUUCUGUCCACGCCGGCGUGCCAGAAACUGUGUACACAGCUGUGGUGGUGGGGGCAGGAGGUGGACAGCCCGCCGACUCAGGUAGACCAUGUGCAAAUCCAUGUUGCCAAUGCUUGCCAUUAACCAAUGGUGCAAAUCAAUGCUGGUAAUCCAUGGUGGCAGCCACGCUUGUCAACAAGGCCUUUAAUCCAUUUUGCCGUCUGUGCUGGUAAUCUAUGCUGGUAAUCCAUGCUGGUAAUCCAUGCUGAUAAUCCAUGCUGGUAUUCCAUGCUAGUAAUCCAUGUUGGUAAUCCAUGCUGGUAAUCCAUGCUGGUGAAUCCAUUCUGGUAAUCCAUGCUGGUAUUCCACGCUGGUAAUCUAAACUGCAUUUCUAGUAAAAUUAAAAUGUUUUAUUUCUUAGAGCUGUCUUUGAAUCAUUUAAUUAAAAAACAACAACACUACAUUAACACUAUGAGAGCGUCAUUGAAACUAUCAAUCCGAUGCCUUUAAACUGUUUAAUAAGGAGAUAAUGAAGACAACGCUUGGUAUAAACAACAAUAUCGAUUUGUUUUCACAAUCGUUUAUUUAACAAAAAUGCCUUUGCACAGAUCUUAUUGUUAUUAGACUUUGAAAAAAAAAAAAUUAAAUUAAAAAAACUAAUGACCAUUUAUUUAUUUUUAAAAAUUUCAUUGUUUACUUUAACUUUUAUUAAAAUUCAUUAAAAUUCAUUUUAUUAAAAUUUUAUCGCAAUUCAUGGUGUGUCUACUAUCUUUGACAGGGGAUACAACGCAGAAACGAGAAACGGAGGUGAGUAGCACAAAGUAAUAAUAAUACCUCCAACCAACAACUUCCCAAAUAUUCAAACUACUUAAAAAUGAAUAGGGGAAUUUACGCAAACACUCAUAGAUUCAAACACACCAGAACUCAUUCACAAAUCGUGUAUAUUCAGGUAAAGUGCACAGUAGUUUUUAGGUUGGCUCGCUGCAAGAAGGUUUGAGGCCAUUGAAAAAAAAAAGCAACUACGAGCGAUUCUAAUUUAACGUAUUAAAUUCUAGGUCCACACAACUUAGUUCAGAAAAUUGUUAUGUGUGCCAAGUCUGGCAUGCGUUAAGUAGGUUUCUGAGCCAUGCGUUAUUUUUUACAUAUAAAAAUGAUUUUUUUUUAAAUAUUGAAAAUACAAAUUAAAGAAAAAAAAACGACAUUUUUAGACACAAAGUUAAUUGGGGUAUUUAUAAAUUGUGUCAAACAGUGCCACAAAUGUAUAAAGUAGCAAUCGCAUUGUCAAUCAUAGACUUAUAUAUUUAUAUACUUUCAUGUUAAAAAAAUAUAUAUCUUUGAAGCAAAGUCCAUAAUAGGGUUUCUGGCAUUUAUCAUAUUUAAUAUCAAUAUUUUUUAUUAAAAAGCUCAGAUUUAAAAAAAAAAUAAAAUAUAAAGAUGAAUUAUUUGUUCCUCUUCUUUUCUAGGGCGAAUGAAAUGAUGGCGGAACCUGAGACUGAUAACAAGUAA